AUAUAAUUUGGCUUUGCAUACAAGGGCGGCUUACGCUCGGCCUUAAAAACGCAGUAUAAAAUGCAAAAGCAAAACAACGCUCUAAUUUUGUGAAGAGUGGAGUGGCUAGUGAUGUCGCAAGCAGUUCAUCUCAUAUCUAACAGCCUUCCAGGUAAUGGGUCAUCAAAAGGAAGAUGUCUCCCAUGCUUGGGUGUUUCUGGAAGAGCAGUGGCUGUGUCUUCCUGCUCUUCUCGUGGUGAUCUCAGAAUUCUUUCACAGGUCAAGAUUGGGGCGGUGAAAUGUACUGCCAAAGGAACAUCAUUUGUGUGCAACGUUGGUUCUGGGGAUUAUAGGAGAAAUCGUGACAUGAGACAAAACAGAAAUGGGUUCCGAGGCAGGAACAGGCAAAAUGAAGAGAGGGAUAGUUUUGAUGAUGAAUCUGAACUUUUAUCUUUAAAAAAUGGGCCAUUACUUUCCCUCUCUUCUUCCACAAAAUUCCAAGCAACCUCAGCCCCAGGCCCAAGAGAGAAGGAGAUUGUUGAACUAUUCAGGAAGGUCCAGUCGCAGCUUAGAGAAAGAGCAACAGCUAAAGAAGACAAGAAGAUUGAAGUGACACAGAGACAAAAUAAAGAGAGUGAAACAGUGGAUUCUCUCCUCAAGUUGUUGAGGAAACACUCAUUUGAGCAAGGUAAGAGGAAAAACAGCACUGGCAGCAGCAAAGACUUUGUUUCAGACCAGAUUGAACAGAAUGUUGUUAACGAUGAGGAUAAAAGCACAAGCUUCUUUGAUUCUAGUAGAGUCGGAGCUGAGGCCCGAGAACGUAAGGAACCUAAUGCCUUAACAAGACCAGCAUCAAAUUUCAAACGCAGAUCUCCUGUUAGUCAAUUCAAAUACCAGCCCAUUUAUCCCAGUGAGGAGACUAUGAAUUCGCGCACACAAUUAAAUGCUAGUGGGAAGAGGAAGAAGAGUCCAGUUGAUAUAAGUUCUGACUCCAGACACCAGCCUGAACCAGAACUUGAGCUGGAGUCAGAAACUGAGCAUGAUGCUAGGUUUCUGGAUGGGGAUGUCUUUGAUGAGGUAUCUGACAGUGAACCUAAUAAUCUAGUUGACAAUGUGUAUGAUGAGGUAUCAGACGAUGAGUCUGAUGUUGUUGAUGGCAGUUUAUAUGAGGCAUCAGAGGGUGAGCCUUCAGAUAUUGAUAAUGUUGAUAAUGAUGAAGAUGGAGAGAAAAAGGAGGAUAUCAAACAUCCAGAUUUGAGCGGUUUGAAGCUCACCGAACUAAGGAAACUUGCCAAGUCCCGUGGUGUGAAAGGGAUUUCAAAGAUGAAGAAAGGUGAGCUGGUUGAGUUGUUAAGUGUAGCUCAGUCUGAUUACUAAUCAGGUUGGCAAGAGACCACUUACAAUUUUGAGACUAGUUGUGAGAUUUCUUUUCGGUUUUCUUAUAGUUUGCGUCUGUUGUCUUCAGUUGAUGGCUUGGCUCCUAUGCAAUGUUCAGGCCCUUCAAUAUCUUUUGAGGACAUGGUAGUUGUGAAAAAAAAAAGAUAGUAAUUUAAGCUAGCCUGUGCUAUUUUUUUGCCCUUCCUCCGAUACCUAAUGUUUUCAUCUGUUUUUUCUUUGUACUAAUUUAUCAUGGUUUCUUUUUGAAUUCUAAUGGUAAAGUGUGCCCUCGUCUAAUUUAAUCAUUUUCGUGCAGUCUUUGUAGGCA